UGACAAGUUGAAUAACGCCGCCAACGGUGCAGGGUAAAGACUGUCUCGUGCAAAUCGUUCACGGAAGUAGAUCGUCACUAAUGACACAAAUUUUAGACAAACAGAAUUUGAAUAAACUCACAAGAUGGACAAUUUAACAUAAGGCAAUAUGGCAGAACGCACAUAUGGCGGGGCUAGGAAAAUAUCCAUAAAUAGUCGUCCAAGAUCUGGGUCAAAAUCACAGCGGCCAGCAAGACGUAGACAUACCCCUACAAGCAAUGCAGUUAUCUUUCCAGACCAGCCUAAACAUCGUUCAACAACAAACUUUUCUUUGUUCUCAAAUAAUCUUGUUGCUAAAAAACCACCUACAACUCAAGCUGCGAAACUAGCACAGGUUUCCGCACGGAAUCAACAGCUUGUUAGUCAUGCACCAAGAGCCAGAGCUCAGGCCCGGGCCAUUAGAUCACCAACUCCUGUAGAAGAACCCACGUCACUGGUAACUGAUAGCUCCCAUCCAGUACGUUCUUUGGGACGUUCCAGACCAGCUAAGACCGAUGUUCUGGUGGUUACAGAAGGACCGGUUGUAACAGAUCUGAGUCAAUAUGACACAGACAAUACUUGCCCAAGAUCGCAAUGUCACUCAUCUACGAGUUUUUAUAGUGAGACAGGAAGUAAAAAUGAUGUGUUCCAAUUCCAAUAUCUUCCAGAUGACUGUAAGCUGAAAGUGUUUUCAUUUCUGUCCAUUCAUGACAAGGGAAGAUGUGCUCAGGUUUGCCUAUACUGGAAUUCAUUGAUGAAGACAUCAAAUGUUUGGUCGCAUGUUGCGUUCAGUGACUUCCCAUUCUGGUGUAUAACGACAGAUGAGCAUAACUGUAUCGGUAAUUGCUAUAUACGAUACAGAGUGCGUGUAAAACAGUUUUUAUCCUACCUCAAGGACCUGCGACCAAAGUUACACAGUCUUGAAUUCAAAUUCGAUAUAGGUGAAAAAGCAGACGGAUUUCUUCAACCGCUAGAAAAUCUGAUCGACAAAGCGAACACAAAAGAAUUGAAGUAUGCAAGCAUGAAUUGGAAAGAAACUCCAAUGCGUCCAUUUUGGACUGACUCUGCACGAGAAACUAGGUGCGAUGAGGUCAUGCAAAAGCAUCGCCUUCGUCAAAGGCAUUUUGUCUCGUUUUUUGAUAUGUUCACAUUGCAGUGUCCUAAAGUCGAAACCUUAGUUGUUCCAUUUGAUUGGUCGGACAAAAGUGUUGAUUGUUUACUGCGACUCCAAGGUCUACGUAGUCUUGUAUUAGAGAAAUACUUUGUCUUUCAAAAACUUUGCCAAGAUCUCAUUGACAGGUUGCUCAUUGGAUUACCAUGCCUUCAGCAGCUUAUGUUGGAAGUUUGGACACCUAGUGGGCAUGGUCUCGUCUUUUUUGGGCUUGUGUCAAAAUCGAUUGAGUACUUAGAUAUCUCCCAAAGUCGUGGAUUUUAUCUGAAUACUGUACACUUACCGAAACUGAAAACAUUUCGAGUGGCGAGACAUCCUUGGAAUGGCCCUCUAGUGUUAGCAGAUAGAGUAAAUGUGCCUUGUAUAUAUGAUGUGUUAGCGGAAGGUAGUCCCAAGUUAGAGAAGAUAAAUGAACAUUAUCUCAAGCCCACGUGGAGGGAUGGAAUUUAUCAGACUUUAGAGGAAGUGCUCAAAAGUGUAUGUUCUUGUAAGAGACAUAAAUCAGGCUGGGCAAUGUAGGCAUUAUUAUAUUUGGGGGGAAAAUUGUUGCCAAAACAUUUUUUCAGUAUUAUGGAUUUAUAAGAGACAGUUUGCUUCAUUAUUAAGAUUUAGGUAGUUUAAGUUAAGACUUUGAAGUGCUGUAUAUUUUUUAGGGAUACAUUGAAAUGUAGGUGGGGGUUUGUUCUUGACCUGUAGAUGACCUCUAAUGAUUUUGAGGUCAGUAGGUCAAAGGUCAAAUAAUUUAUCUGUAAUCCUGAUAUUUUG